CUGAAUGAUGUUUGGAUUCUGGACAUAAGCAACCUGUGGGUUGGUCCUCUUUUGCAGAUCCGCUUUAUCCUGAUUCAGAACCGGGCCGGCAAAACCCGUCUGGCCAAGUGGUACAUGCAGUUUGACGAUGACGAGAAGCAAAAGCUGAUUGAAGAAGUGCACGCAGUGGUCACUGUCCGAGAUGCCAAGCACACUAAUUUUGUGGAGUUCCGAAACUUCAAGAUCAUCUACCGACGUUACGCGGGGCUCUACUUCUGUAUCUGCGUGGACGUGAACGACAACAAUUUAGCUUACCUUGAGGCCAUUCACAACUUUGUGGAGGUGAGUGUGGGCCUGUCCAGCUGCAAAGCAGGCCUGUUUCCCCCCCCCCUCGCAGCCCCCUCUGCCACUUUGCCCCUGAUGAUGAAGUGCGUGGAGGAGAACAACGGCGUCUCCAAGCACAUCAGCCGCUUCAUCCUGCCCAUCGGGGCCACGGUCAACAUGGACGGAGCGGCCCUCUUCCAGUGCGUCGCCGCCGUCUUCAUCGCCCAGCUCAACAACGUCUCGCUCAACUUCAUCCAAGUCAUCACCAUCCUCAUCACAGCGACAGCAUCCAGCGUGGGAGCAGCUGGGAUUCCCGCAGGGGGCGUCCUGACCCUGGCCAUCAUCCUGGAGGCCAUUAGCUUGCCCACCAACGACAUCUCGCUCAUCCUGGCGGUGGAUUGGAUUGUAGACCGGACGUGCACUGUCCUGAAUGUGGAGGGCGAUGCCUUUGGCGCUGGGCUCCUGCAGGUGUACUCGGAGAAGAAAAUGGGCCAGACGGCGAUUGACGACCUGUUGGAGGUUAAGACGGAGGCCCUGGAGGCCGGCAAGGGAGAGGGGAUAGAGGAGGGGUCCCCCCUCAUUAAGCAGAAUGGUCCAGCCCAUUUAGAGAAUAGCAAGUCUCGUGAAAAGGAAUCCGUGAUGUGAUCGAGCUCAACAACGUCCGGAUGAUUUAGGAGGAGAUGCUCUUCUCAUCCAACGAAAAAAGAAAAAAGAACUUGAAAACUUUUCUCCAAAAAAGGAACUUAGAACUUUUUUUUUUUUCAAAAAAGAACUUCAAAAAGACACCAUUUUGCUCCGUCUUUCAAGAUCGGAAUUUCCCAGGUGAGGGGAGAUUAAAUAACGGGAAUGGAGAACUUUCCUACUGAGAAUUUGCUUUAAACACAGCCUUUUUUCCCCUUCCCACCGUUGUUUCUUCUCUGAACUUCAUGCAGUUUGUACCGUGUCUUCCGCAAAAUUAGACCCUGUCUUAUAUUUUUUUGUGCCACCAAAAAA